UUCGAAGUCACUCUCAACACCACGGGCUGGACUUUGAUGCUACCAUAGGCCUCCUAGAGAGAAAUUUAUGGCUCUCACCUGCUCAGCGUGACAGGAAGCGGCUCCUCCCCAACGGCCCCACCCCUCUGUGGCCAAGCGAUUCCAGGAAACCCCAUUUCCAAGUGACCUCAUGGUGUAAUACGCUGCUCCCCACCCCAGGGACAGAAGGCAACAGGAGGGGAGAGCUAGGUCUCCUGCCUGCCACUGGGAAACGCUGGGUAGUCAAGGCGUCCUGGAGUUUGGACCUGCUUAGCUGCUGGGUGGUGGCCCAGGGUUCUGGGCGUGCCUGAGGCAGACCAGGUAACUUUGCUGAGCUGACAUUCCUGCCUUUCGUUCAGCCCCGGAUUCCUUUGCCUCUCUGACAGUGACGCACUUACAAGUGACUCAGUCUCAGGGAAAGGAAAUUGGAGUGGACAGAAGCUGAAGAUUGUGUGGACGGGCAGGGAAAGGCACGGUGAUGCCCUCGACCAGGUCCCUGCGGGGACUCCAGCACGUAGCCUGUCCUGCCUGCUCCCGGCCCCUGAAGGACGCGGUGACCAUAGCAUGCGGACACUCUGUCUGCCUACCUUGCCUCCCGCGCACCCCGAUGGGGGCCCAGCUACUGUGCCCGCUCUGUCAGGAGAAAGAAGAGGAGCAAACCCAGCCCGCAGUGACUCCAGUGCCCCUGGGUGCCCUAGGCGAGACCUGCUGCGAGGAGCACGGAGAGAAAAUCUAUUUCUUCUGCGAGACCGACGCGGAGCUGCUCUGCGUGUUCUGCCGGGAGAGCCCCGCCCACCAGGCGCACACCGUGGGGUUCCUGGACGAAGCCAUCCAACCCUACAGGGAUCGUCUCAGGAGUAGGUUAGAAGCUCUAAGGACGGAGCGGGACAAGAUAGAGGACAGGAAAUGUGAAGAAGAUCAGAAGCUCCGAGAGCUCCUGACGCAGAUUGAAAGCAAGAAGCAACAGGUAGAAGCCACAUUUGAAAGGCUGAAGCAGGAGCUUGGGGACCAGAGGCACCUCCUGAUGACCAGGCUGGAGGGGCUGGAACAGCAGAUCUGGAAGGAGAGGGAAGAGUACAUCACUAAGGUCUCUCAGGAGGUGCACCGCCUGGGCGCCCAGGUCGAGGAGCUGGAGGAGAAGUGUCAGCGACCAGCAAGUGAGCUUCUGCAAGAUGUCAGACUCAACCAGAGCAGGUAUGAGACAAAGACUUUUGUGAGUCCAGAGGCCAUUUCCUCUGAUCUUGCUAAGAAGAUCCGAAACCUCCACAGGAAAAUACUUGGCCUCCCAAAGAUGAUGAGGACAUUCUCAGAAAACUUGAUGCAUCAUUUGGAAACAGAUUCAGGUAAUGUGCAAGGGCUCUGGGGAGGGAAGCUCUGCCCCAUUUAUCCAUUGCACCCAUGGCCACACACAGCAAUGAAAUGUGCUCACUGGACCCUGACUGCUUGGGGUCUUGAGACUAUUAAACCUUUUCUCUCCACCAUAAAAUGUAAACAAGAACAAUCUACACUAUAAAUCCAUAUGAGGAUUAAAUAAAUUAAUGUUUACAAAGAACUCAGCACAGUACUGGACACAUAGUGAUUGAUGGAUGUUGUCAAGUUACCUAUAGAGUCAUUCAAAAUAUGUACUAAACCCCGAGUAUUGCCUAGAAUUAUGCUACAAUUGCCAUUAAUUUGAACUAAUAUUGUAUAUUAUGCAAAAACUAGCAUUUUGCUGGGUUGGUGGCACACAGCUACAAUCCCAGAACUAGAGGCAGUCAGGUUGACUGCGACAAGUUUGAGGCCAGCCUGAGCUUCUGAGUUAGUUUCAGGUCAGCCUUAGCGACUGACACUCUCUGGGGCUGGGGUGGGCUCUAGGGCUGUAUUAAUAGCUUUCUGCUAGAGCUGGUUUGCCUAGAAUGCAUAAAGUCCCAGUACCACAAAAAAGGUGCUGAGAGAGGAGAGGGAGGAGCAAAAAUAACAUUUACUUUCAAAUUGGAGCUUAAUUGUUCCCACAUGCACCUGCCUGUUCUUAUACUGAUCCCUACUUCAAGUUAGUGUAGAAAUGCCAUCCAGACACCUGGUUAAAAUACGGGCUCUUGUUCGAGUGGUCUAUGGUGGGGCUCGAGAUUCUGUGUCUUUUAACAAGGUCCCAGGCACUGCACUGUAGCCUGGCCACCUCACUUUAAUAAGAAGCAAAUCCUCAGGCAGAGAUGUCACAUCUGUCACAUCUGUCCUCCAGAGACAGAGGCCUAAGAAGCAGGCAGCAUGGACAAUGCUCCAUCCUGGAAGUGCGGGUGUGAGGUCACUCUGAACCCUCAGACCACAAACCCGAGCCUGAUCUUCUUCGAAGACGUAACGCCCACCUGAAGGUCAGCUGCACCACAGGAGUGGGCCCCGAGGUGGCCAGGAUGUGGGGCGAGCAGACCCUGGAUACCAAGGACAGGGACUGGAUGCUCUUGCUCCAGCUGGUCAGCACCCACCUGUCCUGAACCUGGGGACACAGCCGUGCUUCACCGUGUAGACAUGGCCUUGGACUACCAGGCAGGACGAGAGACCUUGCAAACAUCCCAUACCGCCGCACCAACCGUCAUCUCUAUUCCUCCCUCACCUGGAAAACAAGUUCCUGCCUGACUCUGAAUGACUGAGGUGAAGUCAGGGACCCAGCUCUGUCCCUAGCCUUCAAAAGUGGGAUUGGAAUUUAGUGUCUUGGAGUCUUGUACAGCGGUUUUUAAUCUGGGUUGAGUACAUUCAGCUUCCUGCAGUCCUAUUCGAGUGAAGAGCAGAGGCAGGCAAGGAAGGCUACACCCUGGACACCAGUAAGCUAUGAGUCAACGGGAUUCAGAAGGGGAAAAACAAAAGAAAACAAACAAAAAACCUAUAAAAGCUUCAAAGUGAUCAGUGUAGGGAAGCCAGGACUCUGUUUGGCUUGCAUUAAUUUAUAGUGGCUUUUGGACACAAAAACUGGGUAUGUUUUGGGGCCUCAUCAACUCUGGGUGGGCCCCAAAGCCCUUUCAGGUCAUUUGUACAGGUUUUCAAUGUCUUAAUAAAGUAUGUUACCCACAGG